CACACAGCGGCAAACAUCUUUUCAAUUGCACAUGGAAACAUUGGAUUUUGUUUACGAUUGAUAAUUUGACAGUCGUCGCGAAAUUUGGCAAUAUCUUUUGAGAUAUGGGAGACAAGUCGCCUAAAGAGCAAUCUAUAGAAAACACAGAUGUCAACCAAGAUGAGUUGAUACUUCAACAACAGAGACGUAUUGAGAAAGAGAUUUCUGAAUCUAUAGCUUUAGUCGGUGAAAAAGAACCAUUGAAGAGCUUAGAACAAGAAUAUGCAGAAGAUGAUGUGUAUCUGUCAAAAGCAAAAGCUUUGGCUCAACAAUAUUCCUAUAUUAGAAGAACUAGGCCUGAUGGCAAUUGUUUCUUCAGGGCAUUUAGUUAUGCUUAUUUGGAAAAAUUAAUUGAGAAUAAAGAAGAAUAUAAUAAGUUUCGAGAUUUAGCUUUAAAGAGCAAGGAUAGUCUUGUAGCUUUAGGUUUUCCCCAAUUUACAGUCGAAGACUUUCACGACACGUUCAUGGAAGUCAUCGACAAAGUAGGAGGGGACACACAAUCCAGUCAUAUGGAAUUACACAAGUUAUUCAAUGAACAAGGAUAUUCUGAUUAUGUUGUUGUAUAUCUUAGAUUAAUUACAUCAGGACAGUUGCAACGUGAUGCCGAUUUCUAUCAACAUUUUAUUGAAGGAGAACGUACCAUAACAGAAUUCUGCCAUCAGGAAGUUGAACCAAUGUAUAAAGAAUCUGACCAUAUUCACAUUAUAGCAAUGAGUAGUGCUCUAGGAACUGGUGUUAGAGUUCGUUAUAUGGAUAGAGGUGCUGGAACUGAAGUAACUGCCCAUGACUUUCCUGAAGGUGCACCACCAGCUGUACACUUGUUAUAUCGUCCUGGUCACUAUGACAUUCUUUAUCCUUGAUGAAUUUGAUAUUAUGCAAGUUUUUCUAAUACGAUACGAUAUAAAUACGAUAUGAUUGAUUUCUGGUGACCAAAUUUCUUCAAAUUCUAUUUUCAAAAACAUUUUAGUUAUAGCAUAUUGCAAUUUAGUAUCUUACUUUCAAUCUAAAUAAGAAAUUCUAUGUAUACAGAUUUUAAAAGUUCCCAAGUGCAUGAAUUCAAUGAUAUCUUGUUUAUAAGCAUCAAUUUAGACUUUAAAACUAACGAUCUGGAAUAAAUGGAAAAAAAAUCGAUAUCAUGUUA